AAACAAAUUAUCGAUUUUGCAUCAUCAACCACAAUCAAAAAGGGAAGACUGUAAACAAAACACAGAGGAACACAUAAUUCCACUGUUUGCGGUGAUUUUGGAAAGCCACAAACCACUGCGGUCGUUCGAUGGAUGCCGCAACCGUUGCCACUCUGCUGGAAAUUCCGAGCAACAAUCCGGUGUCAUACUGUCGACUGUGUCUGUCUAGUGCCCUGGUUGAGCCCAUCUAUCCUGGGGAACCCAGCCAAGGUCUCAUCGAUCUGAUUGCCAAGAAUGUGCAAGUUACUUUUAUUGUUGACGAGGAUUUGCCAUGUGCAGUAUGCCAGAAUUGUCGCUUCAAGCUGGAGGACUUUGAACGGUUCCGGGACCAGUGUCAGAAACUUGACAGCUUUGUGCGCACCAGAAGACGCGAGUUGGCUCUAUUACAGGAAGCGAUUUCCGUACCACAGCUAGAUGAAGUAGCAGAAGAAAUUGCCAUCAAAGCGGAUCCGGAAGCUCUGCUGGGGGAUGAUGACAGCUUGCCAUACGUGCUGACCGAUGACAGCUGGCAUAGAUGUAAGUUUUGUUCGGAGGCAUUCCAGAGCUUAUCAGUAUUAGUGGCGCAUUUCCGGAUGCGCCAUCCAGAUGAAUCCAAGAUGUAUAAAUGCCCACAUUGCACACGAGCGUACUCAUCGAUAGAUGUGCCAGAGGCUGCGACAACAAGCCCAGCUUUUAAAUGUGACGAAUGCGAUGCCACAUUCAGUCACCGGAUUGGACUAUCCCGUCAUAAGGAUCGUUAUCAUGAUAAGGCUUCCCCAAACUAUUCCCUCGAACGGUUCAAAUGCGAUCACUGUCCGAGUGUGUUUGUCGACGUGAAGCAACGAUCGAGGCAUCAGCUACAGGUGCACGUCAGCUCUUCUAACAGCACCAAGAGCUCGUCCCAGGUGGACGGCAUUCAUGUGUGUGAAAAAUGCGCCGUAACGUUCUCACCGUAUCAGGCAUUACUGGUGCACAUUCAGGAGUACCACUGGAACGAUCCACCACAGGAGACGUUCAGCUGUUCGGUCUGCACGAAGCCAUUCGACAAGCGUCGCCUGUUGCAGUAUCACAUCCUGGUGGCGCAUCUCGGCCAGAUACCGUAUGCGUGCAAUCACUGUGGCGAAUGGUUCCGGACCAAGUCGCACCUGAAGCAGCACAAGACGAUGUUCCACGAACGGAAUGUGGGCGAUGCAAGUCGAUGCGAGUUUUGCGGUCAGACAUAUGAGGAAGGCGCACCGAAGGACGAUGUGCAAUAGAAUGGCGGAUUCGAUGAGGGUUGCAUUGAGUGUUUGAAUUAUUGACUUUAUCUCUUGAUGUGUGUCUGAAUAUAAAUGUGGGGUUAUUUGUGGAAAGUUUAGCGGUUUUUCGAUGGAAAAGGAGAAAUUCCGUUUUAGGAUUUUGAUAAUUACAACUUAACUGAUACCAAAAAAACAAUUUGGUGGUCUCUAUUUGUCCAAAUCAGUGUUUAUUCAAAAUAUAGCUUUGUAUCAUAUCGCAUGAAGCUAUUUCUCAUGAAUUUGGGAAGAUGAUAUAGAUACAUUUUAUAAUUAAUUCUCUUACAAUAGAUGGAUUGCUACUAAUGAUGUCAAUUACCUUGCGUUACACAAAUUCUUUCGUAAAAACGCUUAGUUUCAGGUUUCAUGAUUGCAAGCCUCUUUUUUUUCUUGUCUCAUUUUAAAAUGAGUACUGCGAUUCAGACCCAAUAUUAAAUAAUGAUUGAAUAAAUGAAAAAAAA